AGUGUCAAGUUCAUCUUAAUACAACUCCCUGUUGUCAUCUUAAUACAGCUCCCUGUUGUCUAUGGCAUGGCAGAAGCAGCCACGGCUUUUGUGUUAAACUGAGAGUAUGAGCAAAGUCAGUAAAGUCAGCGCUCUGUUUCCUCCUUAGGACAAGGUUCUGAGAUUGAAACUUCUUCCUUGUGUUUUAUAAAACAAACUCUACCUUUGACCUCUCACCUUUGGCUUCUCACCUGCUCUAGGUUUGCGAGACAGGGCGCGGUGGAGAUCUGAGACUUCCAGCCUUCACCCAGAAAUCCGAGUGUUCUUCACGGUGAAGGCCAUUUGUCCCUCCUUAAACGCCAUUCCAGUGUUCACAACUCAAGGGAAUCCACAGAGCGCACCAUGGCCAAGAAAGUGGCAGUGAUUGGAGCUGGUGUAAGUGGCCUGUCCUCUAUCAAGUGCUGCUUGGAGGAGAACCUGGAGCCCACCUGCUUUGAGAGAAGUACUGACUUCGGCGGACUGUGGAAGUUUGCUGACACUUCCAAGGAUGGGAUGACCAGGGUUUACAGGUCACUAGUGACAAAUGUGUGCAAGGAAAUGUCAUGUUACAGUGACUUCCCAUUCCGAGAAGAUUACCCCAAUUACAUGAGCCAUGAGAAAUUUUGGGACUACCUCAGAGAAUUUGCUGAGCACUUUGACCUCCUGAAAUACAUUCAGUUUAAGACUACUGUGCGCAGUGUAACAAAGCGCCCAGACUUCUCUGAAACCGGCCAGUGGGAUGUCGUCACAGAGACAGAGGGCCAACAGGACAGAGCUGUAUUUGACGCUGUUAUGGUUUGCACUGGGCAAUUCCUGAGCCCACAUUUACCUCUGGAGUCCUUCCCCGGAAUCCAUAAGUUUAAAGGACAGAUCCUACACAGCCAAGAGUACAGGAUUCCAGAUGCCUUUCGGGGCAAACGCAUCCUGGUGAUUGGUCUUGGAAACACAGGAGGGGACCUCGCAGUGGAGCUCAGUGGAAUAGCAGCUCAGGUGUUUCUCAGCACUAGAACUGGUGCCUGGAUUCUAAGCCGUGCCUCAGGUGGUGGCUACCCUUUCAAUAUGAUGAAUACAAGAUGGCGCAAUUUUCUUGUACAAGUUCUGCCUUCACGUUUUAUAAACUGGAUUCAAGAGAGGCAAAUGAAUAAAAUACUUAACCAUGAGAAUUAUGGAUUAAGCAUUGAAAAAGGGAAAAAACCAAAAUUUAUUGUGAAUGAUGAACUACCAACCUGCAUCCUCUGUGGGAAAGUCACCAUGAAAACCAGCGUGAAGGAUUUUACAGAAUCUUCUGUCAUCUUUGAAGAUGGGACAACAGAAGCCAACAUUGAUGCAGUGAUCUUCACUACAGGAUAUGAAUUUUCUUUUCCCUUUUUUGAAGAGCCUCUCAGAAGCCUUUGUACAAAGAAAAUCAUCCUAUACAAGAGAGUCUUUCCCCCAAAUUUGGAGAGAACAACAUUAGCCAUUAUUGGCCUGAUCAGCCUUAAUGGGUCUAUCUUAGUGGGCACAGAGUUCCAAGCACGGUGGGCCACAAGAGUAUUCAAAGGACUUUGUAGCAUACCUCCACCUCAGAAACUGAUGGCUGAAGCCACUAAAAAGGAGCAGCUCAUUAAAAGGGGUGUGCUUAAAGAUACCAGUCAAGACAAACUGAACUUCAUUUCCUACAUGGAUGAGCUCACUCAGUGCAUAGGUGCAAAACCCAACAUUCCACUUCUGUUCAUUAAGGAUCCAAGAUUAGCCUGGGAAGUUUUCUUUGGACCAUGUACCCCUUACCAAUACCGCCUAGUGGGCCCUGGAAGAUGGGAUGGAGCCAGAAAUGCCAUCCUGACCCAGUGGGACAGGACCGUGAAACCAUUAAAAACUCGAAUUGUUCCUAAGUCCCCUGAGCCUGUCUCCCUCUCACAUUACUUAAAAGCUUGGGGAGUACCUGCCCUGCUUGUCUCUCUCUUACUUAUCUACAAAUCUUCACUUUUUCUUGAAUUGGUGCAAAGUAAGCUACAAGGAAGGUUUCCCCCUUACCGAAUGCUAUGGCACAUCCCCCAGAAUUCAUGAAUUGGUCCCCAGUUUGGCAAUGGAGGAAGUUAUCUGGGACACCCUCUUCAACAGAUUGGUGCUGCUUUCAAACCCUGAAUCAGUCUCCAUAGGGCAGGUUGUCAUAAAGCAAGGCUGCCUCUGAUCUCAUCACUCUUUGGUGCAUUUAUUCAUGCCCUUUGACUUUUCUAUCAUGUAAUGGCAUAGUACAAACCUCCCACCAGAAGUUGCCACUGUGCCCUUGAGCCUCCAGAACCAUGAAUAAAAUAAACUUCAUUUACCCAUUUCCUA